GUUUUCAGCUUCUGGUGGACGUGAAAUGGUCAACAAUGUGGAGUUACGUAAUGGCCUCUGCCAGAGUUGACCAACGAAGGCGCCCAGGUUCCGUUUUUACAGUUCACUCGUCAAACUAUGGACCAGGUCCAUGCAGGGAAAGUCCGUUUCCAAACAGCAGCACUAGAAGAAGCGCUCAAUCGGCGCGAAAUUCGCGUCGUUCCAUCUUUGCGAGUUACAGCAAAGACGCCCUCACCUCCGAAUCCAGCGACGAGCUUAGCAAGCUGUCAUGCGAGGGAUCACACGAUGACGUAGUACGCGUUCACACGCCUGUUAGCGAAACCCCAAGACUUUCGGGACAACACAACCAUUACGAACCAAAUAAUGUCCGCACAAGGAUCAGUAAUCGUUUAUCGCAAGUUGCGCGGACAUUCAGGGCGGCUGUACGCUUCAAACGCUCAAAAAAAGACGCAUGUCCACCGGAUUUGACCGUUGAUAGAAGUCAAGAGAAGAAGUCCGACAAUAAUGAAGUUAGCCCGCCGAUUUGCUGCGGUCAGCGAAUUAUUGUCGAUCCUGCGCACCAUUUGCAUUAUAAGUGGCUAAUGGUAAUAUCACUGGCUGUGCUUUAUAACGUUAUCUUCGUCCCUGGAAGAGCUGUAUUUUGGGAUCUUAACAACUCUAUUCCUCCGGUUUGGUUUGCAUUUGAUUAUAUCUGUGAUAUGAUCUAUGUUUUCGAUAUUCUUGUGCGUGCACAUGAAGGUUAUUUGGAACAAGGACUGAUGGUGACCGAUGCAAAAAAGCUCCGUAAAAACUACUUGUCAGCGACUAACAAAUGGAAAGUGGACAUGAUCUCUUUACUUCCUACGGAUGUGACGUAUUGUUGGUGGUCUCCAUCCGAAUGUACGUUUCAAGUGCCGUGUGCAGUGAUAGUAAGGUUAAAUAGGUUAGUCAAGCUACCUCGAAUUUGGGAUUGGUUCGAAAGAACAGAAACAGAUACCAAUUAUCCAAACGUGUUCCGAAUUUGCAAAGUGCUUCUCGCAAUUUUAGUUUUAAUCCAUUGGAACGCGUGCCUCUAUUUUGCAAUUAGUUACGCAAUCGGUUUCGGUACCGAUAAUUGGGUGUAUAAUAUAGAAGGUCCAAAAAAUUCCACACUAUCGCAUCAAUACAUUUAUUGUUUCUAUUGGUCCACGUUGACGCUUACGACAAUUGGUGAAACCCCAGUGCCUGAAAACGAUGCGGAGUACUUGUUCGUGGUGGCGGACUUUUUGGCGGGCGUGCUUAUAUUCGCGACGAUCGUCGGAAACAUCGGGUCCAUGAUAUCGAAUAUGAAUUUAGCGCGAGUUGAUUUUCAAAAUCGAAUGGACGGUGUGAAACAGUACAUGGCGUUUAGAAAAGUGGGACGAGAGUUGGAAGCGCGCGUUAUAAGAUGGUUUGCGUAUACGUGGGCGGAAAGUGGCGCUUUGGACGAGGAACGAGUACUAUCGGCUCUACCAGAUAAGCUAAAGGCGGAAAUUGCAAUUAGAGUGCAUCUAGAUACGAUAAAGCAAGUUCGAAUCUUUCAAGAUUGUGAACCCGGAUUACUGGAAGCUCUUGUACUUAAGCUCCGUUUACAGGUAUUUUCGCCUGGGGAUUACAUAUGCAGAAAGGGGGACGUCGGCAAGGAAAUGUACAUCGUCAAACGUGGCCGCCUUCAAGUCGUAGCCGACGACGGGAACACAGUUUGGGUGACCCUAGGCGCCGGUUCCGUCUUUGGGGAAGUGAGUGUCUUGGAUAUUCCUGGAAAUAAGACUGGAAAUAGACGGACGGCGAAUGUGAGAUCGACGGGUUAUUCGGAUCUUUUUUGUUUAGGAAAAGAUGAUCUAUGGGAUGCUUUAGAUGAUUAUCCAGAGGCCAGAGCGAAUUUAACGGAACGAGGAUGCCAGAUACUACGUAAAGAUGGUUUACUCGAUGAAGAUGUGUUCAAAAAGUCGCAAAUCACACGCGAUUCUAUGGAAGAGAGUAUACAACGAUUGGAAGCGACCGUCGAUAUUCUACAGACCAGACUCGCCCGACUUAUUGGAGAGUUUGGUGCUAGCCAGGCGAAAUUAAAGCAGCGACUGACAAAAAUUGAGUUAAGGCCUAUGGAAGGUGACCAGGAGCAGUCCUCCCCUAAUUCCUGCAGGCGGCGUCUACGUUCGUACGAAGUCAGAAAACAAUCGACGCCUCCCGCAAUCACACGCAACAAGUCAAUGUAAUUUAUAAGACCAACAAUAGCAUUAUUUAUUUAAAAGCAGGAGUAGAUUAUGGAAUGUACUACCUACCUAUAAGGAAUUCGUUCAUAGUGGUAGAUUGUACAAAAAGGCAAGAAGACUGCUGUGAUUCUUUACUUUAGUGAGUGCACUGGGGGGAAACAACCAAUGUUUUUUGGGGUCUCAGGAUUUAACAAAAUGAAACAACUAUACUUAAUUAAUACUGCUUACAUGAUUCUAGGUACUGAACACCAAAAACUUAGUGGCUAUUGUUUCUGUAGUAUGUGUUGUUUCUAUAAUUUUCUAUUUAGAAAAAGCGCUUUGAAAAACGUGAGAGUAACAUAUCACUUUGUACUUGUAUUCUUUUAGUAGGGCCUUUGUGAGUCAACAAAGAAAAGGCAAUUUAAGUGUUACUUCGUUCGCAAAAAAUGUCUACAGACCCAUUCUGCAAAUUUGUUUGGCGUUGAACACAUUAACGUAAAACGAAUUUUGCCUUACUUAUUUCAAUUGGGACACUAACUUAUCAAGAAGCUAAAGGGUUAUUGUAUGAUCGGAUGUUUUAGUCGUUGUUACAAACAUAUCUAUAUCGUAUAUUUUAUUAAUUGUUCAAUUAUCAUACUGAGAGUAUUUUGUAAUAUGAAACUUUAUGUUACAUACUUGUACAUGAAAAGUAGGUUAGUUUUACACCUGUAUGGAGCCUUAAUGUACUUGUGAUAAUCAUCUAAUUUUUUAUGUAAUGUAAAUCUUUGCGUCUAAGUAGAAUAAAUUAAUUCGUUGAAGUAUCUAUAAAACUAAUCUUCUCUUGUUCAAGUAGCGGACGAGUUAUAGUAAGCUAGAUCUUCAUGUACCAAGUUAUAAUAAACUUUAUAUAAAACAA